AGGCUGUAUAUACUCUUUGGUAUCUCCCAGUGGUGGUUGGUGGUGGUUGGCAGUGGUUGGUUACAUGUGGGGCAUGUGGGCCAUGUGCGCGCAGUGUUAAAGUGUGCACCCAGUGUGCACCGGUGAGUGUAUACAUUUGCUCGUAACUAUUUUCGGGUCUGUUGAAAAGUAGUUAUCGAGUUUUGAGUUAUGAUACUUCACAUACUUACAACUGAAAUUUGGGAGUGUAUCAACGACACUCGAGAACAAUGAGAGGAAGGAAUUUCUGUUUUAUUACUACUCCAAUAUUUUACGUAAAUGCCGCACCCCAUAUAGGGCACUUAUAUUCUGCCGUAAUUGCGGAUGCAUAUCAUAGAUUGAAGCGACUUGACGGUUAUGGGCACACCAUUUUUUCUACCGGUACUGAUGAGCAUGGAACGAAGAUUCAAGAUGCAGCCAAAAAGAACAAGCAAACUUUAAAAGAUUAUUGUGACGGAAUGUCAUUAUGUUACAGAACCACAUUUGAAAAGUUUAAUGUUGGUUUCACAGAUUACAUACGAACAACAGAUGAGCGCCAUAAGAAAGCAGUACAUCACUUUUGGGACUGCAUAAAAAGUAAAGGCCAUAUUUAUCAAGGUAAAUAUGCAGGAUGGUAUUGUAUAUCAGAAGAGUCUUUCCUUAGUGAAGGGCAACUGACAGAGAAACCUGGACCUGAUGGCAAGCUACAGAAAGUUUCUGCGGAAACAGGACAUUCUGUUGAGUGGACAGAAGAAGAAAAUUUCAUGUUUCGCCUAAGCUCCUUCCAAAACGAUCUUCUUUAUUGGUUGAAAGAUGAUCACAUUGUGCAGCCCUUAAAAUUCCACAAACAACUUGUGUCUUGGAUUCAGGAUGAUUCUUUAAUGCAAGACAUAUCAAUAUCAAGAAGUAAAGAACGUGUCCAUUGGGGUAUUCCGGUGCCAGAUAAUUCAGACCAAACAAUUUACGUUUGGUUGGAGGCAUUGGUGAAUUAUCUGUCAGUUGUUGGUUACCCUGACAAUCAGUUCCAGCGAUUCUGGCCACCUGAUGUUCAGGUUAUUGGGAAAGAUAUUCUUAAGUUUCAUGGAAUUUAUUGGCCUGCGUUUUUAAUGGCUGCGGGUCUGGAUCCACCAAGAACAUUAUUUUGUCAUUCUCACUGGACAGUUAAUCAAGAGAAAAUGUCUAAGUCAAAGAAUAACAUAGUUGAUCCCAAUGACAUGCUUCAAACUUAUGGAUCCAAUGGAUUCCGUUAUUUUCUAUUACGAGAAGGCACACCUCAUAGUGAUGCAAAUUUUAGUGCAACCAAAGUGAAAAAUAUAUUGAAUUCGGAACUAGCAGAUUCUCUUGGCAACCUUCUUAACAGAUGUUGCAGCCGUGCAGUGAAUCCCAAACAAAUAUUCCCCUUGUAUAAUCAAGAUAGUUUUGCAAAAUAUUGUGAAAGUGAUGCAAAGAAAUUAAUUUCACAUCUUACUACUUUGCCUGGUAUGUAAUGAAAUAUUUGUAGGUUUAUUUAGUGUUAUUGCAUCGGUGACAUUACGUACGUGGCAAGUGCGUUUCAAUGUGUUAAGUGUUUAAACUAAAACACCCAUGACUCAGUACAAUAUUAUUGGGAAGCCAGAUUACUGAGGCAAGCAUGAUUGUCAUGAUAAUGCCAUUAAUUUUCUUAAGGCAGCUCCACGCAUUUGGCAUUUGCUAAGCAGCGAGCUAUUGUUCGCCCAAUCCCGAAGAGCUGAUAUGUUCUGGUGAAUGUUCGCUCCCUUUAAUGUGUCCUAAAGAUUGACACAAAGUGGGUAUAGCGAGCACCACAUGUUUGUCUCUUGGUAAGUAGCAAGCAACUUAUACACACUACUCAGGAUUCAGGGUGCGGUUGCUCACUACUCGCCUAAUAACGACUGAGUGGAGCUGCCUUUAGGAAAUCUGUACUUGAUAAGUCUAUGCAUUAAUUCCUUGGUGAGCGCAAUGACACCAGUUUUCCAGCUGGGAUUAGCUCAAUUUUUAUCAAGAUUACCUGUUGCUUUUCUAAGGAGAUCUAAAUUAGUGAUUCAUGGAAUGAGCUUAAUUACUACAUAGGAAAAAGACAACCAAAAUAAAGUUUGAAAUGGAGAAGUAGACUGUAAAGUUGUCAGAAAUGAGAAUGUGUAAUAUAUAAUGCUAUAACUUGUUUCUGUGUAUUUUUGUGGCUCAUAUAACUUUUUUAAUUGUUAAUGAUUUAGGUCCAAAGACAGGGCAUUAGUUAUUUGUUAUUGAAAAUGAAGUGACACAAUGUUUGUGUGCCCCAGUUACUAGUACUUGUACUGCCUAUGAUUAAUUUGGUUAGUAUUUUGAAGGGGUUGCCUUCCAGAGCUAUUCCCUUAUAUACUUGUUCUUGUCCUUGUGGUCGCCUUUCCCUUUGCCUCCACUUCUUGGGGAUAGUUCUACUUCCACACACUUGUUUAGAAGUUUGGUCCAUGUUGGUGACAGAGUUGUAGCAAUUUCUUGGAUCUAUUCGUUUUGUAUCCUACGGGACCAGCAGCUUUUCUUAGUGGUUCCCUUUUCUAUUUCUUCCCUGGUUCUUGUUGCCAGUUAUUGUACUUAGGUGGUUUAUUUUCCUCCUUCAGAAUGGUGUUGAAAUGCUUAUACCAACUUGUUAUUGGUCUACCAUUGAACGGGAUGUUUUUCUUGGUCGGAGUGCUACUUAGGAGUCCUUUCCCGCUUCUUUGACCAACCUCUCUCCUUUUUGCCAGAAGUUAAUAUUUUUUUCUCUUAUAAUUUGCUGACAUGCGAAUGCGUACCUACCCAAUGUGAUCUCAUCCUUCGGAUGUUUCCUCACUUCUUGAAGCUUACUUAGUGUCAUGUGAGUCUGGCUGUCUUGGCGACGCCUCGUCGAAGGCUAUGUUGCUGACGUUUCGGCCAUCAUAUUGUAACGUUUCUUGAUGGUGAAAUAAAACUCACCGGUAUUAUUUUACAAAACCGUUUAUUAGAAAACAAUUGUACACUAAAAC